UCAAGUAGAGAAAGAAGAAGAAGAAAUCAUUAAUUUUAGUUUAGAAACUUAAUUAUAAAAAUUGAAUUCAACACUGAUAUAAGCUUCUUGAAAGUUUAAAAGUAUUCCAUUAUGAGUGAAGAAAAUAUUUCUGAUAUGAAUGGAGCAUACUUCGACAGUUAUGAAGAUUUAGAAAUUCACCAGUUAAUGCUUACGGAUAAACCCCGCCAAGAAGCCUAUCAAAAUGCCAUUCUCGGUAACCGAAGUUUGUUUGAGGGUAAAACGGUCCUCGACGUUGGAACUGGCACGGGUAUUUUGUCGAUUUUCUGUGCCCAGGCUGGUGCCAGAAAAGUGUUUGCUGUAGAUGCAUCGAACGUGGCCCGGCUUGCUCGAGAAGUAGUUCGAGAGAAUGGAUUUGAAGAAGUGAUCGACGUUUUCGAAUGUAGAAUCGAAGAAUUUCAGCUACCAAAUGGUUAUGAAAAAGUAGAUAUAAUCGUAUCCGAGUGGAUGGGAUUCUAUCUGUUGCACGAAGGGAUGCUGGAUUCGGUCAUAUACGCUAGAGAUAAAUUUUUGAAACCAGAUGGGUUGAUGUUCCCGGAUACGGCAACAAUUUUCGUGGCCCCCUGUAGUGUACCAAGUCGAUUCGAUGAACUCGAACAGCUCACCGGAGUCAGUAUGAAAUGCUUUGGCAGAGAAUUGCGGAAACAAAAGUCUGACAAGCCAGAGAUCAUGAGUGUUAGCGAUCAACAACUUCUUCAUGAAGGACAUAUUAUGACGUGGUUCGACUUAACAGAAAUCAGCAUCGAUGAUUUAAAUGCCUUUGAUAUGAAAGAGGUGUUGAUAAUACAGAAAUCAGGAAAAUUCCAAGGAGUAUGUCUUUGGUUCGAUUGCUCUUUUCCUAGUUCUGAUAGUAACCACAUGGCAAACGAAGUUGUACUUUCAACGAAUCCACGUUGUCCCCCAACUCACUGGAAACAAAGUGUGAUUCUACUUCCGGAAAAUGCUUGCGAAAUUGUCGAAAGGCAAGAUCCUAUCGCUUUCAGUUUGAAUUUGACAAGAAAUGCUGAUCAUCGUCGAAGGUACAAUCUUCAACUCACAUUAUUGGACGCAGAAAAGGAAGAACAUGGCUUGCCCUGCGACUGUGUGAUGACCAAAUGCAUUCUUAUGAAAGCGCAUUUGCAAAAAAUGGAAGUGGAUCACAACAAUUGAUUAAUGAAAAAUAGAACUUUCUAAUUAAAACUGGUUUGUGUAUUGUUACUGAACCAAUAGUUGAAAUCCAACCGAAGCAAAAGUUGAGAUAAUGGUGCACUGCUAGCUCCAGCUUUCAAUCCAAUAAGAAGUUUAAAAAGAGAGUCAACGUGGUUAUUGAAACUGAAAUGAUAAAAAAAAAUCAAAAUACUUUCUCAAACACUAAAUCAGGAUACUCACGCUUGUUCAUACCCGCUAAAUUCUUGUCGCUCAAUUUUAGUCAUCGGAUCUUUGCAGUUAUUACAGAAUGAACAAAACUUGUCAACUAAGCCCAGAAGUCUGUCCAGCACCACUAGAACAGGGUUUUCAUUCACCUGAAUAAACCCGGUAGUGGACAUCUCAUUUUCAGUUGUGUUUGAGAGUAGAAAACACAAGCUCAAGA